GAGUUUAAAUUGGUUGGCGGUUAGCCGCCGAGCAGCUCCUCGGCUUCGACAGCGAGGUUUUUCUUGGCCCUCUCUACGGGAUCCGUAGGUACGUGCCUCGCGACUUCUUUAUUCCCAGACCCUGAAGGACGUUUCCCGCACGUUCUCUUGGCCUUUUCGAAGCUCCUUACGUUCCCUGCCCCCGUCUCCACCGCUGACCCCUUGUGGCUCAGUACCCGGCUCCGCAGCCUCCACCCAAGCACCAUGGCUCCUAGGAAGGGUAGCAGUCGGGCGGCCAAGACCAACUCGUUACGGAGUCGGAAACUCGCCUCGUUUCUUAAGGACUUCGACCGUGAAGUGCAAGUACGGAUCAAGCAAAUUGAAUCAGACAGGCAGAACCUCCUCAAGGAGGUGGAUAACCUGUAUAACAUCGAGAUCCUGCGGCUCCCCAAGGCGCUGCGCGAGAUGAACUGGCUCGAAUACUUCGCUCUUGGAGGAAACAAACAGGCCUUGGAAGAGGCAGCAACAGCUGAUGUGGAUAUCACAGAAAUAAACAGACUAACAGCAGAAGCUAUCCAGACACCUCUGAAAUCUGCCAAAAAACGAAAGGUAAUACAAGUGGAUGAAAUGAUAAUGGAAGAAGAAGAAGAAGAAAAUAAACCUAAGAAUUUUCAAACUGCAAGAGUCAAAAAGUGUCCUCCAUCUAAGAAGAGAACCCAGUCCAUACGAGGAAAAGGCAAAAGGUCAAGCUAUGACAAUUUUGUGACCCCAGCGGUGGGCCGAUUGGAGUUGUCUAUGGUAAAACCAACUCCGGGCAUGACACCCCGGUUUGACUCCAGGGUCUUCAAGACCCCAGGCCUCCGCACUCCAGCAGCCAGAGAGCAGAUUUACAACAUCUCUGUCAAUGGCAGCCCUCUCGCUGACAGCAAAGAGAUCUCCCUCACUGUGCCAGUGGGCGGCGGCGCGAGCAUGCGGUUAUUGGCCAGUGACUUGCAGAGGAUUGAUAUUGCACAACUGGACCCAGAGGCCUUAGGAAACAUUAAGAAGCUCUCAAACCGUCUUGCCCAAAUCUGCAGCACCAUACAGACCCGCAAAUGAGAAGACAGCAGAGCAAGGUGGAUUGGAACAUGCGCAUCUCCCCUCUCCCCUCCUGUUUCUCCUCCUUCGGUGCAGGGGGGUGAGGGGUUUACCAAGAGGCCCUAGAAUCUUUCACCUGCUGUGUGGAUUUUCGGAACAGCAAUUUUUGUUUAUUCCUGUUUAUCAAAGACCAAAAAUUGCUUGGAGGCAGCUUCCAUGUCUUGCAUCUCUACCUCUCUAGUUAAUGGGAAUUUAGAUAAAGGAAUUAUAGGGCUUAAGAGCAGUCUAAGGUUUUAUAUGAACAACUACAGAGUAACUGUCUCUAAGCUGUCUGAUCAGUGGUCCCUGCUGAGUCUCCCAACUGCAGCUUAUGGGGAUGGGAUCAUUGGGAGGACAAGUGUAACUUGUCUGGUGACCUCAUUUCAUGUGUUUAGCCUAUGCCCAGGGCAUGGACUAGUUAUGUGAAGUCAGCAGUGAGACCUUGUGCUUCAGUAGCCUCUGCCUCAAAGAGUGUCCUGGGUUCCAAGAAUUUGAGAAUGAGUAUUCUCAUUUCCAGGCUUGUGGGGACGUAGCCUUUUCCUGUAUGGCUGUUAUAUUUUGUAUUAAUUCAGUCCUGCACAGACUGAAUUGUUUUCAAGUUGUUUUAUUCUCCCUUUUCCUAAGACUUUUGUACAUACUGUUUUCCUGAAUAAAGGUAUCCCUACUUUCAAUAAA